GGGCGCGCAGGGGCCUUAAAGCGCCGCCCGCCGCCCGCCGCGCGUCAGCUCCCGCCAUGGCCGAGGGUGCUCAGCUGCAGCUGUUCGUGAAGGCGAGCGAGGACGGCGAGAGCGUGGGCCACUGCCCCUCCUGCCAGCGGCUCUUCAUGCUCCUGCUGCUCAAGGGGGUGCCCUUCACCCUCACCACCGUGGACACGCGCAGGUCCCCCGACGUGCUGAAGGACUUCGCCCCUGGCUCCCAGCUACCCAUCCUGCUCUACGAUGGCGAGGCCAAAACGGACACACUGCAGAUCGAGGAGUUUCUGGAGGAGACGCUGGGGCCCCCGGAAUUCCCUGGCCUGGCGCCCCGCUACCGCGAGUCCAGUACGGCAGGCAGCGACAUCUUUCACAGGUUCUCGGCCUUCAUCAAGAACCCCGCGCCGGCACAGGACGAAGCCCUGUACAGGCAGCUGCUGCGCGCCCUGGCCCGGCUGGACCGGUACUUGCGCACGCCCCUGGAGCACGAGCUGGAGCACCAGCCGCAGCUGCGCGAGUCGCCACGCCGCUUCCUGGACGGGGACCGGAUGACGCUGGCCGACUGCUGCCUGCUGCCCAAACUGCAUGUCGUGGACACCGUGUGCACGCACUUCCGCCACGCGCCCAUCCCCGCCGAGCUCCGCGGGGUCCGCCGCUACCUGGACAACGCGCUGCAGGAGAAGGAGUUCAGAUACACGUGCCCGCACAGCACCGAGAUCCUGGCUGCCUACAGGCCUGCCGUGCGCCCCCGCUAGUGCCCUGCCCGGCCCACUCCUCUGCAACCCCAUAA